CGAUACACCAGUAGGUAGAGCUGCUGGCAGGUAGUAGAUACUGUAGCAGCUUUGAAGGAAGCUCUAAUUCGCUCACUCGGUAGUUGAGAGCUAGAAUAAUUUCGCAAAUGGAGGACGUGUAUUUGCUGGACAACUGGCGAAAGGAUCUUCAUGUGUCAGAGGGCAUGAUCGACAACGCAGUGGAUAUGGACAGUCUGAACAGGAACUUGCCUGAACGCGGAUGGCAGACCCAUAAGGUGUUACAGAGCACGCCACUGGAUCUGUUUGAGAGUGGCAAGGCGCUGAAGGUCCAGGCAGAGCGCCCCCAUCUGGUCAGUCUGGGCAGUGGCCGUCUCAGUACGGCCAUCACACUGCUGCCCCUUCCCGAAGGUAGGACCACUUUGGGCCAUGGGGCGAUGGACAUCAGCAUCCAGGGCCCAGGAGUUGCCGCCCAGCACUGCUACAUAGAGAACCGGGCAGGGAUCAUCACUCUCCACCCCUGUGGGAACCAGUGUGCCAUAGACGGGCUUCCUGUCACCAAACCGGUCCGCCUGUCACAAGGUUGUAUGCUGUGUUUUGGCCAGUCGGCUUUUUUCCGCUUCAACCACCCAGAGGAGGCGUUCAGGAUGAAGAGCAUGAUGCCAGGGGGAAGCAGGGGCUCCGGUGGGAACUACAGAAUCCACUCAGAUACAGAGGGCCUGGUCAAUGGGAACCAUCAGUCAGGAGCGUCCCAGUCGCGCCACCCAGCCCCCGGGGAGAGAGACUCCCGCUCCGAGCAUAGUGCCAUCGUCAGCUCCAUUGAAAAGGACCUCCAGGACAUCAUGGACUCCCUAGUCAUGGAUGAUCCCCAGCCUCCCUCUUCAGACCACCCCAUCCCCCACUCCCCGCUGUCCCCCAUGGUCAAUGGAGGAGGCCGAUACCUCCUCUCCCCUCCCACCAGCCCAGGAGCCAUGUCGGUGGGCUCCAGCUAUGAGAAUACCUCCCCACCCUUCUCCCCCCUGUCCUCUCCCUCGGCGGCCAGCAGCGCAGGCAGCUACACCAGCCCUUCUCCCAGCGGCUGCCUGGACCCCCAGGACCCAUCCCUGCCCCCCGUGCCGGUCCGCUCAUCCAGCUACAACUACACAACUACACCACCCAUCCCCCAGCCAAGGACCACACUGACCAACUACAGCUCUGGCGGCGGUGUGCAGAGGGUUCCUGAGAGCCCUAGGCACCAGAGGAAAGGUCUCCUGGAGGCCCCCCAGAGCCCCAAGCCAGCCCGCAGAGGCCAGAGCCUGGACAGCCCAGGGGGGAUGGGUUCAGAGAGCCCUAGACUGACCCACCUAUCUGUUGCCUCAGCCGAUGCCGGGUACAUGGGCAGGAAUGCAGUGCCAAGUAGCCCCAGAUUCACGGCCAAGUUCCCCUACACCUCCUCCUCCCCAUCCAGUCCCAGGACGAAAGCGGGCACCAUCCUCCAGGAGCGCCCAGCCAGCCCCUUCAGAGAGCAAGCGGACCACUCCCUCACCUCCAGCCCUUCCAGACAGCUGCUAUCCCAGCACAGCAGGGCCUUUCAGCCUCCCCUUGACCCAAUCGUCCACAUCAUCCAGGGGGGCUCUCCACUCCAGCAGCACCACCCCUUCCCCCACCCCCGCACACUGCAGCCCCCAGAGAGCCCUCGACUGUCUCGCAGGAACCUUGAGCUCAGCAGCGGGGGUAGCAGCAUGAAGGAGCUCCCUCCUCUCAGCCCCUCCAUGGCUCGCAGAGGGGUGCCUGUUCUCCCGGUGGCUCUCCCUGGAAGUAUCCCCACAUUGAGAACACCUGAGAGCCCAUCAUCAUCGGGGAAGUUGGGAGUCCCGGAGAGCCCCAGGCUCCAACGCAAGUCCGAGUCCCCCGCGGAGGACCAGUUUGGCGGCAGUGUGGUCCGAGCCCGCAGCCCCUCCCCCACAUCAGGGUUGAUGAUGAUGGAGAGUGGGGGAGGGGGGAGGAAGGCCAGCUAUGGAAAUGCCCUCUCCCCAGCUUACAGCCUGGGCUCUCUGCCUGGCUCCUCUCCUCUCGCCAGCCCCAGGGGCCAUAGGAAGAUGUCUGGGUGCCCCCGGGAUCUGAGGGGCCCCCACCCGGGCAUGCGGGAGCGCAAAAACAGCAUCUCUGAGAUCAGCGACAACGAGGACGAACUGUUGGAGUACCACCGGCGUCAGAGAGAGGAGAGGCUCAGGGAACAGGAGAUGGAGAGACUGGAGAGGCAGAGGCUGGAGACCAUCCUGAACCUGUGUGCUGAGUACAACAAGGGCGACGGGCCCUUGGGGGGUGAGGCAGAGGGGAGGAUGGGCUUCCCUGGGGGUCUGGGACCGGGGGAGGGGGCGGCCAGGAGACCCUCUAUGGACAGCUUGGCAGGGUCCAGCUCGCUGCGUCGUAGCAUGGCCCAGAGACAGCAGAGGGAGAGCGACGAGGAGAACCUCAAGGAGGAGUGCAGCAGUACAGAGAGCACCCAUCAGGAGGUGAGGACGCCACUUCCUCCACAGGCCCUCCACAAUGGAGACCGAUACCAGCAUGAAGAGCAGUCUGUUUCUGGCGGCGUGGAGCGGGCAGAGCUGGGUUACCUGGAGGACGAGAGGGUCAGAGUGCUGGCCCGAGUCGACGAGCUCAAAUCACGAAUAACAGAGCUGGAGCAACAGCUACAGGAGUCCAAGCAGGAGGCGGAGAUGGAGCGGGCCCUGCUACAAGGGGAGAGGCAGGCGGAACUGGACCAGAUGGAGGCAGAGACGGAGAUCAUCAGACAGCUGCAACACAAGCGCAAGGAGCUGGAGAACACCAUCCAGAGGGAGAAAGACAAGGCAUUGCCAAAUCCUGGAUGGCUUCCCAAGACCGUAUCUAGUUGGUUUUGCCAUCCCAAGGAGAGGGCAAAUGUUGACGCAGAGCGCCGAGCCCUGGCGAGCCUCCAGGAGGGCUACAGUGAGCUGAAGAACCAGCUUCAUAACUGCCCCGAGUCACUGAGGGAGCAGUUACAGGAACAGCUCAAAAGGGAGGGCGAGACCCUGGAGUCGGAGACUAAACAGUUUGAGGACCUGGAGUUCCAGCAGCUGGAGAGGGAAAGUAGCCUGGAGGAGGAGAGGGAGACCAUCAGCCAGCAGCUGCUGCAGGAGAGGGCCGAGUACCACACCAGCAUGGCCAAGAGGAAGGACAAGGUGGCAGCUCUGGAAGGCCAGGCCAGUCAGCUGGGACAGCAGGCAUCUCAGGAGUGUGACAAGCUGGCUAAGGACAGGAACCUUACCCUGCAGAUGCUCCAUAAGGAGAAAGAGAGACUAUCGGCCCUGGAGAAGAGGUACCUCAGCCUUACUGGAGGAAGGACUUUCCCUAAGAGUUCCAGCACCAUGAAAGAGGAGUACAUGAAGCUCUCGGAUGUCUAUAGGAUGUAUGGGAGAGAUUGCCAUGACACCCAACUCACCACCACUGCUCAGCACGGCCUCUCGCUCAUCCUAGACACAGCUGUCCCCUGCGAGGAGUAUUUGACUGUGGGCCAGUUAACUCAGAUCUUUGGGAUGCCGAAGGUCGAGUCCUCCCCUACCUCUCCUCUCCGGCCCCUCCAGUCAGGAGCGGGAGACCCUGCCUUCUCCUGCCUCUCCGUUCCUCACGGUUCCUCCCUCUCUCUCUCUGUUGAGUACCAGCCUGAUCGCAGUAGGCCUCAAAUCCCCACUCUCGAUUUAGAGCAGUGGUACCAGGAGGUGAUGGCUGCUGGCGUGAGCAGCCAUCUCUGCCCCCAUCUCCCAGCUAAAUCUCUCUCCCCUCGCAGGCCUAUGCAGGUGUUCCGCUCCAAGCUGGACAGUGAUGCUGGACAGACGGUACAUCAACCCAAAGCAGGCUCCGGAUCCCAUCUGCAGUGUGGAGCUGCCACACUGGGACGCAACACAACCUCCAAGAGCCCACUGAUGGUUCCCAACAGUACCGGCAGUUUGCCACGGAACUUGGCUGCCACCAUGCAGGACAUAGAGACCAAGAGAGCGCUAGCCUUACAGCAGAAAGAAUCCUCCUUGCCUUCCACGCCUGAGUCUCCCUGCUCCACCAUGGACAAUCCCACAGACCGACAGAUAGACAGACAGACCUCUGAGCCUGGGAGCCACCAGGUGAUCGAGGAGCAGCGGCGUCGAUUGGCUGAGCUGAAGCAGCGAGCUGCAGUGGAGGCCCAGUGCCAGUGGGAUGCGCUCCACGGCUCUCAGACCCACCUCAACACCCAGUAUGCCCCUUCCCAUGCCCAAGGCCCUCCCAUGGUGCACCACUCCAUCCUGCACCACCAGCCACCACCGGCGGGCGAGCAGCCAUACGACACACUGAGUCUGGAGAGCUCUGACAGCAUGGACACCAGCGUCUCCACCGGCAACAACUCAGCCUGCUCCCCCGACAACAUGUCCAGUGCCAGUGGGAUGGACGCGCUGAAGAUCGAGGAGAUGGAGAAGAUGCUGAAAGAUGCCCACCUAGAGAAGGCCAGGCUCAUAGAAUCCAGAGAGCGUGAGAGCCAUGCCCGUAGGCAGAUGCUGGAGGAGGAGAGGAGGCGGCGCGAGGAGGCUGAGAAGAGGCUGCAGGAGGAGACGGUGCACAGGCAGCAGCUGGUGGACAAGGAGGUGAAGAUGAGAAGCAAGAACUUCUCCCAGGCCCGUCCUAUGACUCGUUACCUGCCCAUCCGCAAGGAGGAGUUUGACCUGCGCUCCCACAUCGAGUCAUCUGGCCACAACGUGGAGACCUCUCACCACGUGAUCCUCACAGAGAAGAUGUGCAAGGGUUACCUGGUGAAGAUGGGCGGCAAGAUCAAGUCGUGGAAGAAACGCUGGUUUGUCUUCGACCGCCUCAAAAGGACCUUCUCCUAUUACGUUGACAAGCACGAGACCAAACUGAAAGGAGUCAUCUACUUCCAGGCCAUUGAAGAGGUCUACUACGAUCACUUGCGUAUCGCCACGAAGAGCCCCAAUCCCUCGUUGACCUUCUGUGUGAAGACUCAUGACAGACUCUACUACAUGGUGGCCCCUGCCCCGGAGGCCAUGAGGAUAUGGAUGGACGUUAUAGUAACCGGAGCCGAGGGCUACACGCAGUUCAUGAACUAAUACUGGAGACCUGCGUACGUUGACAUAAGGAGACUGCUUCGGCAGGAACACUUCAAGAGAUUCAGGCCUUUCCUUCUAGCGCCUCUCCCAAUAUUGGGAAAUUGCCUUUUUAUUUUGUUAAGUUCAUUCUAUCUAUUUUUAAAUCUCACGUCUCUCACUUUACAAUAUACAUUUUUUCUCCACUGGUUUUUCUACUCAUUAAAAAAGGGAGCCCUGGAAGAGACACACACACACUGUAUAUAACCAAACAACAUAACUGUCAGACUUUCUGCUCAAAAGCCUUUCUAUAUUGCCAAAUGGAGAUCUUGUUUUAGUUAGUCUCUUGCGUGAGACCUAUUUUGUGUAUCAGUAAAUGUCUUUGAUAGUUUUUUUUUUUUUUUGUUGUUUUUUUUUACACACGUGGAAUAUUGCCAAAUAACAUAACAAUGGUUUCAAACAGAUGGUCGUUUUUAUGGAAUGUUUCAAAUAGAAAACAAAGGCAUUUGCCCAAAUCUACUUAAGUUUAUCAGUGAGCGAAAGAUGUAAUCAUUUAAGAAAUGCUUAAAAGAAAUUCUAUUGAAAAUGGAGAAAAUGGAAUUGAAAUCAGUAAGACCAUGACACAACACACCAACUCAGGAGUCCAUACUUAAUUUAAGUUCCACAGAUGAAACUAGAUCUUGAUCCAUCUCUGUGAUCUUACUUUACUGAACUAGAUUCCACUGUGUCCGUCUUAUACUACUCCUAAAGACACACACAGUCUGUUUGCCAAGUCCUGAUAACUUGACCCCUUGCGUAAGCAGCCAUUCCAUCACUGCCAGCCUACAACACCAGGAGCUCUAGGGACUACAUAAAUGAGACAACAGUACAUGUCAUUAUAAUAAUGCUAAUCAUUCUGUGCCUUGAUGUGUCGUAAUACUCCUAGUCUGUAACUGUUGAUCGUGCUGGUUUACAAUCUUUGUUAACAGUAUCAGAAUUCAACAGACUUGCAUGGGGAAGGGAGAGGGGAGUCUGACUGCUGUUUUGAUGCAGCAAUACACAAGUACAUGUGAACAGUAACAUCCCCUGAAUUCCAAGUUCCAUCCCCCACCACAUCCUACGCUCUUGUGUUGAUCUGAGAUGAUUGGGAAAGAGGUGGUAGCUACAUAUUGCUCUCUGAUACGCAAUGUGGAAUUGUCGCCAUAUACUAUUGCUUACACAGAUCUACACAGGGUAUAUGGGCUUGUUUUCAGACUCAGGGUGCAUUUCAGCUUUAAUAGAACGUCAAAUGAUCUGGUAGCUUGACAAAUCAUUGUAAAGGACUCGGACAGGCGACACGAUCACAACAUUUAUAAAUCACCAUCUGAAUAUCUUUUUAAAGAAGACUAUGCUGUGAUUUUGAACAUGUAAACCUGAGUGUUUAGGUUUAUUGAGAAGCCUUGUGAAAUGUAGUUCUCUUUUUCUAUUUAUGGUUAACCUGCCUGAGAUACAGUAGUACUGUAAACUGUCAAGUAGAGGAAAAGAGACUAGUGAGAAAAGACCUUAAUAUAUUUUCCUGUUUAUUUUUUCCCACACCGAAAUGGGUGCAACCAAAUAUUCAGCAUUGGCCAGAGGUAUAUCAUAGUGUUAUAUAUAAAAACAAAAAAAGAUGUCUGUAUGAAAAUGUAAUUUACUCAUCAUUCAACCAGUAUUGUAUAAAAAGAAAUUUACUUGUUUUUGUCAUUUCAAAAGAAAACUCAGAAUACACUUCAGUAUACUUAAGAACACUCACAGGGUCAUACAACUGUCUACACUCCCUCAACACCGUGUAGAACAUCUCUCACACCAUCUUCAGACUAUAUUAUGUUGACGGUACACUGUUUUAUACGGCACUUUCAUGUAUGGAUUAUAUGGAUAUUGUCAGAUCUAUUAAAACAGAAAUGUUACUGUGAGUCUGGUUUGAAAUCAUAGCAACAUGGCCAUGGUUUUAUUAAAACAUUUCAUUCUCAUCGUCGCAGUAGAAACACUGAUAUUACUUUUGAAAUAACGAUCUCACACAAUCAUUUUAGGGUUACAACGUGUUAGCACAAAUCAAAGAAUUAAAAGUACAUUCUAAUGCCCAUCUAUUAAACACAUUUUAAAAAUUCACUUAUGUUAAAAACGGAUCACAAGUUGGUCAAUGUGGUACCAUGAACUGUAGAGGUUUUAUGAGCUCUACCUAAAAACAUGACUUCCUUGAUAGGAAAGCAAUUGGUUGAGCCAUGGUCCAGUCAGCUUGUGAUUGGCUUUGUCUUUCACACAUCAUUGAUUUCAUCACCUGUGAUGAAAUCAAUAGAGCAUUGCCUGCUUGUCCUAGGAUUUUACUCUAUAAAAUAAACAGUGAACAUACACAUUAA